UAUAUAUAUAUUUAUUUAUUUAACUUUCUAAUAUAAAUAUAAAAUUUAUAAAGAAACUAAUAAAUUCGUUCAAACUCAUGAAUCCACCUAGUUAUGCCCGUAUAAUCAACAUAAUUUUUAUAAUUUAUAAGAGACAAUCAUUAUUUUUUUUAACAGAAAAUUUAUGUUCUGCACAUGUUUCCAAAUAAUAUCACUACUGCAGGAAUUUUUUCUUUUUUUUUUUUAAAAAAAAUGUCUGCUUAGAUCCGUCUUUCAACUCUAUAAAAUCUAAAGAUACAAAUAGUCUCUCUUGGUCUUUAAAAGUCUUCUUUUAAAAAUUACAAAAUUAUCUCUUCAUAAUAUAAGCCACUUUUCUCCUUUCUCUAAUAAUCACUAAUCACAAUUAUGGCCACUAAUUCAAAAAAAGUGACAAAAUCUUUUACUAAUUCCUGUCCUUCGACUUCCCUUCUCCUCCGUCGCGAGACGACAGCAGCGACUGCUGUCGUUGUGGAUGACGGUCCGCAGAAGUGGACCGUCAUCCCAUCUGUGGAUGAUAAUAAGCAGAAGAAAACGUCAUCAUCAGCUAUAGCUUCAUUGGCAAGUAAUACUGAACCUCUUCCCUCCAAUACUUCAACCAAAGGUAUCCAAAUCAUGCUAAGGGCUCAAACUUGCCAUCCUUUGGAUCCUUUAUCUGCUGCUGAGAUCUCUGUAGCUGUUGCAACCGUUAGAGCUGCCGGUGAAACGCCUGAGGUCAGAGAUGGAAUGCGAUUUAUUGAGGUGGUUCUAUUGGAACCAGAUAAAAGUGUUGUUGCUUUAGCUGAUGCAUAUUUCUUCCCACCUUUCCAAUCAUCGUUGAUGCCCCGAACCAAAGGAGGAUCUCUAAUUCCGACUAAACUUCCUCCGAGGAGAGCUAGACUCAUCGUUUACAAUAAGAAAACAAAUGAGACAAGCAUAUGGAUUGUUGAGCUAACUGAAGUACAUGCUGCUGCUCGUGGCGGACAUCAUAGGGGAAAAGUUAUCUCAUCUAAUGUUGUACCAGAUGUUCAACCACCUAUAGAUGCUCAAGAAUAUGCUGAAUGUGAAGCCGUGGUGAAGAAUUAUCCGCCCUUCAGAGAAGCAAUGAAGAGAAGGGAUAUCGAUGACAUGGAUCUCGUGAUGGUUGAUCCUUGGUGUGUUGGUUAUCAUAGUGAGGCGGAUGCUCCUAACCGUAGGCUUGCAAAACCACUAGUAUUCUGCAGAUCGGAGAGCGAUUGCCCGAUGGAAAAUGGAUAUGCAAGACCAGUUGAAGGAAUACAUGUGCUUGUUGAUGUGCAAAACAUGCAGAUCAUAGAAUUUGAAGAUCGAAAACUUGUCCCGUUACCUCCAGUUGAUCCAUUGAGGAAUUAUACAGCUGGUGAGACAAGAGGAGGGGUUGAUCGAAGUGAUGUAAAACCCCUGCAUAUUAUUCAGCCCGAGGGUCCAAGCUUUCGUAUUAGUGGGAACUAUGUAGAAUGGCAAAAGUGGAACUUUCGGAUAGGUUUCACCCCGAGAGAGGGGUUAGUUAUACACUCUGUUGCAUAUCUUGAUGGUAGCAGAGGUCGUAGACCCAUAGCACAUCGAUUGAGUUUCGUGGAGAUGGUUGUUCCCUAUGGAGAUCCAAAUGAUCCGCAUUAUAGAAAGAAUGCAUUUGAUGCAGGAGAAGAUGGUCUCGGAAAGAAUGCUCAUUCACUCAAGAGAGGAUGCGAUUGUUUAGGAUACAUAAAGUACUUCGAUGCCCAUUUUACAAACUUCACAGGCGGAGUUGAAACAACAGAGAAUUGUGUAUGCUUGCAUGAAGAAGAUCAUGGAAUGCUUUGGAAGCAUCAAGAUUGGAGAAGUGGCCUUGCUGAAGUUAGACGUUCAAGACGAUUGACAGUGUCUUUUGUUUGUACAGUUGCCAACUACGAAUAUGCAUUCUACUGGCACUUUUAUCAGGAUGGGAAAAUUGAAGCAGAAGUUAAACUCACGGGAAUUCUUAGUUUAGGAGCAUUGCAACCUGGAGAAUAUCGCAAAUAUGGUACAACAAUUGCACCAGGAUUGUAUGCACCAGUUCAUCAACAUUUCUUCGUAGCACGAAUGAAUAUGGCAGUUGAUUGUAAGCCUGGAGAAGCACACAAUCAGGUUGUUGAAGUAAAUGUUAAAGUUGAAGAACCUGGGAAGGAAAAUGUUCAUAAUAAUGCAUUCUAUGCUGAAGAAACAUUGCUUAGGUCUGAAUUGCAAGCAAUGCGCGAUUGUGAUCCAUUCUCUGCUCGUCAUUGGAUUGUUCGGAAUACCAGAACAGUUAAUAGAACAGGACAACUAACAGGAUACAAGCUUGUACCUGGUCCAAACUGUUUGCCAUUGGCUGGUCCAGAGGCAAAAUUUAUGCGAAGGGCUGCAUUUCUGAAGCACAAUCUAUGGGUAACACAGUAUGCACCUGGAGAAGAUUUUCCAGGAGGAGAGUUUCCUAAUCAAAAUCCCCGUGCUGGCGAAGGAUUAGCUUCUUGGGUUAAGCAAGACCGUCCUCUGGAAGAAAGUGAUACUGUCCUCUGGUACAUUUUUGGAAUCACACACGUUCCUAGGUUGGAAGAUUGGCCUGUUAUGCCAGUGGAACACAUUGGUUUUAUGCUUCAGCCCCAUGGAUUCUUUAACUGCUCUCCGGCUGUUGAUGUUCCUCCGCCUUCUGGAUGUGACUCAGAAACCAGAGACAGCGAUGUCACGGAAAGUACUAGUGUAGCAAAACACACUACCACUGGUUUGAUGGCCAAGCUUUGAAGUACAUGAGACUUCAAAGCUUCAUUUUUCAUUUGAUAAGACUUAAAAGAGUAAUGAAUUAGGAGGUGCAGGAGCAUGGACAUGUUUAAGCAAAGAAAGUCUUGUUUGUUGUGUAUUUAUCUUAAACAAUGUCACAAGAAAUACUAAUAAAAUCGGAUCGUUGAGUAGCUAUAAAUGUCGCGGUUCUUGCAUUUUAUCUUGUACUAGUAGUUGUUAACCAUAUUGCUCAGAGUUUUACAACAAAUGUGUGUGAUAUAUCUGAAGCCUAUUAGUUUGGUGACAAAAGGAGUUUCUCUAAUGGUAAGGGAAUGGGUCAAAAUGACCCUUCACAAAGAUAUUCAAAGAAAAAUAAUUAUGAAAUAAUAAAACGCGUACAGAGUUGAGGUGUCUUUUCUCUAAUACAUAUAUUAUAUUUUUUUAUAAUAUUAUUUUGUUAAAAUUCAUGUUCCAAAGUACGUAAACACAAGUUGUCACAUCUUGUAUAUCUUAUAUAAAUGUCUUAUAUAAAAAAGGGAAAAUUGUAUAAAUAUAGGAAACUAAUAACCUAAAUUAAAUAGAAUAGCUAGGGUUUGAUUUAA